GCAGUGGUUUGAUUGAGGAUUGAAUUAUCGUUGCCAUUAAACGAACGAUCCGGCGAACCCGCUGGCUCAAUGGGGGGAAAGUGCUCUGUUGAUACCCUCAAGGAACACAAGAAAACAGUAGCGUUAGCGUUACAAACACAAAAACAAGAAACAAAAAAUAAACAAUCACCAACACCGGUUACGAAAAAGUGGACCGAUUUGUUAACAUUCAUUAGCAAUAUUGCACUGUUGUUUUAACAUGUUAUUGAUGGUACUCAUCUUGCUUUUUCUUUCUUUCCUUUUCAAACAGAAUCUUAACGAAGGGGUAGCUUAACCCAACACAACUGCAGUGCACUACAUCAUCGGCAACAACUCUAGUUUGUACUACUACCAUCGACAUCGUCACGGUCAAUCUUCAUCAUCGGCGGACAUAAUCGUACGUGCAUCACGUGUUUACAUUAGCACAACCCAGACAAGAGAGAGAGAAAAAAAAACAACCCUUGAAGCAGGAUCAUAUCUCUGAUUUGGAAUGCAACGAACUCACAUACGUUGAUGAUUGAUUAUCUGUCGUCGUCGUCUACCUGUCCAAAGCCUUCAGUCUGACAAAGAAACUUGCAGCCACGCAGCUUUCUGUGGCGGUUUUCCCCGUACGCCGUUGUCGCCAUCGGUUGACCCCGUGUACAAAUUGUGCACAAGAGUAUAGGAGAGCUUUUUGGGCGUUGAAAAGGAAUAUUUAACUCAAGUUUGACAACCACACAAACACCCCCCACAGUACCAACAUGGGACAGUCACUGUCGGAGCCGGAAACCUCCAAGCAGUCGGCAUUUUGCCAGAACGACUACUACAAGGUCGGCUCGAGCUGCAUGCAGGGCUGGCGGAUGCACAUGGAGGACUCGCACACGCACAUACUCUCCCUGCCCGACGAUCCCGGGACGUCCUUCUUUGCCGUGUACGACGGGCACGGGGGCGCCAAGGUGGCCGAGUACGCGGGCAAGCAUCUGCACAAGUACGUAACCCGCCGGCCAGAGUACGGGAACGACGUGAAGCAUGCGCUGCAGCAGGGAUUUCUCGACCUGGACGAAGCGAUGCUGAACAACGAAGCGCUGCGCGAACAGAUGUCCGGCUCGACGGCGGUGGUCGUGCUGAUCAAGGACAACCGGCUGUACUGCGCAAAUGCGGGCGAUUCGCGUGCGAUCGCCUGCGUCGACGGGCGGCUGGAUGUGCUGUCGUUCGACCACAAACCGACGAACGAAAAGGAGCGGGAGCGGAUAAGCAGCGCGGGCGGAUACGUAGAGUACAACCGGGUCAAUGGCUACCUGGCCCUGUCGCGUGCGCUCGGCGACUUUGGGCUGAAGCGCAACAAGCAGAUCGAGGCGAAGGAGCAGAUGGUGACCGCGUACCCGGACGUGGAGGAGCGGGAGGUGUCGGAGGGCUGGGACUUUCUGGUGAUUGCUUGCGACGGCAUCUGGGACGUGCUGUCCAGCCAGGCGGUGCUCGAGUUCGUGCAGGAGGAAAUUGCUCAAGGCAUCUAUCCGCAGCAGAUCUGCGAGAAUCUGAUGAUGCGCUGCCUGGCGCCCGACUGCCAGAUGGGCGGCAUCGGGGGCGACAACAUGACGGUGAUUGUGGUGUGCUUUCUGCACGGCCAGCCAUACGAGGAGCUGGUCAAUCGGUGCAAGGAAGCGGUCUCUAAGCGACAGGAGCAGCGGAGGAAGCGCCGCAGCCAUUCGAACCGAUCGCACGAAGGGCCGGUAGGGGAGGAGGAUCCGGAGCACCAGCAGGACACGCCCAGAAGCCACAGCUCGGCCACGCUAGCGUCGGAGGAAGGGACGAGCCCCCGGCGGGGAAAGCCAGGCAAUGGCCGGCUGGAGGAUGAUUCGUCCGGCAGCGAAAGUGAACGGUCGGAGGAUGUGCACACGCCUGCGCUGGUAGUGGAGCCGCCCGGUGCCAGUGAGAAUGGGAGUGAUGGGGCGGCGCGGGACGACGCACCCAGCAAUGGUGGCGAACUACCGGCGCCGGUGAAGCCGUCGUCGUCAUCCUCCGCACCCGAAAAAGCGCGCGACACAAAGAACAAACAGACGGACCAAUCGGACAGUAAUAACGAAAGUGCAGAAGAAAGCAGCGAAGAGAUGGAUCUGAAGUAGGCUGCGACAGCUGCGAGUUGAGUGUGUGUGUGUGGGAGAGUGAGCUGUAUGCAGCGCUAACCGUGAAGCACGCUGAAGCCGCCGUGAACGGGAUGUGAACUUAUUUGCGUUGUAUUCAGUUUUAACACACACACACACGGGAGUGUCCGGAUUUUUCAUAGUGGUGGUAACAUUUUCUCUUCGUACAUCUUGCGUUAAUGCGUAAUGUAACCAAAAAAGGAAAAAACUCGGUGUUGUUUUUUUUGGUUCCGCGUGAAAGUACGACUCCCGACCGUAGUAAUGCGACUAUGUUGAGUCUAGUUUUAAUGGUGUUAGUUUAAACUAUUUUAUAUCCCACUGAACACUGUUUUAGAGGGACACAGAGAGACAAAGAGAGAGAGAGAUAAAGGAACGAAGACGUUGGAAAACUCUUGUCAUAGGGAUACAAAUACUAGCAGUCUGUAGGUUUCGGUUUUAAUUCUGCUACCUUUACUUCGGUGAACUUUUUACUUUUACAAUUUUACCGUUUAGAAACAGCGCUUUACUGUUUUGUUUUUAAUGGUCUGUAAUCUGCAAAAGACGAUCAUUGUUUUUCGUACUGCAUUCUUAGAAAAGGUUCGUUCAGUUCAGUUUUAGGCAAAUUUGAUCUAGCUUUCGAUUUCGUUCGAAACGACUAUAGAACAAACGUUGGAGCGAUAUUAGUGCAAAAUGGAGAUUAUACAUUAACUACGCUUACAAAAAAUCAAACAAUGUAACAAGAAACUAAAACCCAGGAUCAAAUUAUGGGCGUGUUGCGAAGGGAAAUAGGCACGCACGUGACGGCGCAGGGACGGGCCCGGGCGGUCUAUUUAAGACAGGUCUAUCCUACAAAACAGGUCCCCCCAGUCCCUCCUUUGCGUUAAACUACCAAAGUGGUGCGCGCAGCAGUAGCGUUGAUAAUAUAGCUUGAUAACUCUGAUACGCUUUUUUUAGUCAAACAUACAAAACUAUACUGAGCGAAGCACUAAAUCAUCCUAGCAUCAUCCUUGCCUUUCUAACCAUAUUCGAGGGCCGGUAGGCAGACUAACUAAACGACUAAUCUAGAGAGAGGGAGAGAGAGAGGGAGAAACACAUGUUAUAAGUUACUGUGGCUACACAAUCGCUCAUGGCCACUACUAUUGCACUGAGUUUGCUGGUACGCGAUCAUCCGCCAGCCAGUUAUAAGCCGGGGCUUGGCUGUUCCUGUACAUAGGCUAAACGUGUGUGCGUGUUUUUUUUUUUGUACAAAACAGAAAACCCUACAAACAAACCAACUUUUCUAAAGCAACUAAUGUAGCGUCUAAGCGACAGCAACAACAGCUCUAACUGAAACCACAGCAGUGUACUCUACUGCACCAUCCUGCAGGUCCUGCCUUUCCGUGGACCGUCAGUCGGGGAUGGGAACUAGGUUAGGAACUUACGUACCAGUGCUUCCACGCGGCUCUGUCUAGCAAAACGUGACCGUACAGACACACACACAGACACACACACACAGACACAGACACAAACAUACAUACACACUCCGGGAUGAGCAGGUGUGUCCCGAAAGAUUUCUCGUUUCGCGACAAACGAUACUACAUUGACGACAGUGUGCUAUUCCGUUGUUCUUCUGGCCUAAAGAGGACGCCGUCGAUCUCAAACCAAAGAAGACUCGACAGGGAGCAACAAAACCAAACGAAACUAGUAGAACCAUACCCAUCGGGGGCCACGGAGAAUUGUGGGAGGGGGUAAGAUCCUCACUGUACUCCUCUCCCGUUAUCUCCAACCUCGAUACCGCGUGUAAGUGCUGCCACGGUGCAACGGUCCACUUUGGCAAAGUGGGCGGCAAAAGGGGCAGAAAGUAUAUCAUUAAUCGAUUCGAUGGGAUGAAGUGCAUACGAACUGACGGUAACAGCAUCGACACACACACACACACAGUUCUACAUUGUACACAACUCUAUCCUAAACUCGUCGAUGGGAUAAAUAUAUAUCUAUUUAUAUUUUCUAUUGCAAAGUCAAAGCUGGUAGCAAAACAAAAAAGACAAUGAGUGCGUGUGUGAGACAGAGGAGGAGGAGAGGAGCGCAGGCAAGAAAUUGGUCCGUUGGUCCGAAAUGUAAGGGGUUAGUGUAGUCUGACCAGUUUUAUUAUCCAGUUGAUUUGCACUGUGAAACGGAAACGGAUCCUAAAAUACAUUUCAUAUGCUAAAACUGUGA